AUGGCUCAUUCGACUGUCAGCCGUCUGCUCCCCCAGAGCGCGGCCCAAGUCCUUCUGACCGUUGUGGUCCUCGUCAUUGGGUAUCGAGUUACCAUCUACAUCUACAAUAUUUUCCUCCAUCCUCUUCGCAAGUUCCCCGGCCCCCUUACAUCCGCGGCGAGCAACUGGCCAAAGAUUCGCGCGAGCACGAGAGGAGAUGGAGUCUUCCGUGUUGUGGAUUUGCAUCACAAGUAUGGCGAAGUUGUGCGGACUGGGCCCAACGAGUUGAGUUUCAGUGGCAAUGCUGCGUACAAAGACAUCUACGGCCACAAGAAAGCAGGACAGCGUACGCUGGUUAAGGAUCCCAAGUUCUAUGGUAAUCCUAGUGGCGAGUAUGACAUAGUCAACGGGAACGAUGAGCAACAUGCACGUAUGCGACGUGUCUUUACGCAUGCCUUUUCGGACAAGGCCUUGAAACGCCAAGAGCCACUUUUCCUGCUCUACGUCGACAAACUUGUGGCCAAAUUCAAAGAGCUGUCCGCAAAGGAGCCUGAGAGAAAGUUCAACAUGGUGCAGAUGUACAAUUUCACUACUUUCGAUAUCAUGGGCGAUCUGACAUUUGGAGAAUCUCUGAACAUGCUGGAAGACACCGAUUACCAUCCGUGGGUGGCAGCCAUGUUGCCCGCCUUCCGUUUCGCAGUUUACGUCCACGUGAUUCGCUGUUUCCCUCUCCUCGAAUUGUUCAUGCUCAAGUACUGCAUUUCCAAAUCGACCAUCGAGACGAUGAAGACGCACAAGAAAUUCUGCGUGGAUCGAGUAGACCGUCGGCUGGAGCAGAAAGACGCAAGGCCUGAUAUCUGGGGCAUGGUGAUGGAGACCGAGGGCAGCGUCGAUGCCGGUCUGACGAAGCAAGAGCAGUAUUCGAAUGCAAAUUUGGUAGUGGUUGUGCUGAACCGAUGGCUGUCGGGACGAGAGUUCAUGAUUGCUGGCACGGAGACGACAGCGACCAUUCUCAGCGGCAUCACAUAUUACCUCCUAACGAAUCCUUCGAAAAUGUCGCGACUGAUUGAAGAGACCCGCUCGAAGAUCCGCAACGAGGACGAAAUCGGUAUCGAACGUCUGCAAGGUCUCCCGUACCUCAACGCUGUCAUUGAAGAGGGUCUCCGCAUGUAUCCCUCCAUCUCAUACGGCCUGGCGAGGAAGACACCUCCUGGAGCGCCGACUUUCAUCGAUGGACGUGAAGUGCCAGCCGGGUACCAACCAAUCUAG